AUGUCGCAAAACUCGGAGGAAAACACGCGAAGAGGCGGCCUUUCCGUCGCGGUCCAGCAUUUGGCGCAGAACCGGACGGAAGCCGCGCUUCUGUUGACGCGGUUGACGACAAUAGCGUUGACUGCGCUCUAUUUGGUGCCCCUCUCGCCGCUCCCGCUCUCCUCCGUCUACCAGAAGGCGCUGUUGGCGUCGGCCGCCACUUCCGCGCUCCGCCUCCACCAGCGACUGCCGCCCUUCCGUCUGUCGCGCGAAUUCCUCGCGCUCCUCAUCGCCGAGGACUCCGCCCACUAUCUCCUCUUCGCCGUCAUCUUCGCCGCCAACAACGUGCUCUCUCUCGCGCUGCUUCCGGUCGCGCUCUUCGCGUUCCUCCACUUCUCCUCUCAAACGCUCGCUCUCAUCGACAGAAGCGGACCGAGAGGUGUCGUCGGGAACGCGCUGUCGACUGUCGUCGAGUCGUACCAGCGCUCCAUUCUGCAGACCGUGUCUUUGGCGGAGAUCGCGCUGAUGCCGACUCUGGUGUUCGCGCUGCUCUCUGGCAUGACGUCACUCAUCGCGCCCUUCAUUUACUACCGCUUUCUCGCGUUGAGGUAUUCCUCGCGCAGAAACCCGUAUUCGCGGCAAAUGUUCCGCGAGUUAAAAGUCUCGCUCCAAACAAUGGUUUUGCGCGCCUUCUGUCCGCAACUCGUGCGCAACGCUGUGAACGCCGCGAUUGGACUCGUCGAGCGUCUCGCGCCUCCAAUCCUCACCUGA